CUCCGAAAGAAUUUCAGAGCUUACGCAGAGGUGAGGUGUGUUGCUCUCUGAUGAGAACGAAGCUGGCUGGAACACUGGAAAUCUGACUCGGACUGCUCUUCACAGUCAAGGGGCAUCUCUUUUGGAUUGAAGUUUCAGAAAGAAAGGUGUGGAGAAUGCGCCCUGGAGAUCUUUCCCUGCCCUCCUCAGGCCUCCCUGCCCUCUGCCGCAGGCCCUCGCACACGCUGCACCCCACCCUCAUCUGAGGAUUCCUACAACCUUGGUCAUCUUGUUCGUUUCUAAGGAGUGCUUCGUUCUGUGGGGACAGCAGGCUGUCCAACAGGAAAUCUUGCCUUUAAACAUGAUAAUGUUUCAGGUGUUUAAAGAAUGGUUUUGGUUGGAAAGAUUCUGGCUUCCUCCAACAAUGAAGUGGUCAGAUCUUGACGAUCAUGAUGGACUCGUCUUUGUAAAAGCUUCUCAUUUAUAUAUGACAAUUCCAUAUGCUUUCGUCUUGCUGAUAAUCAGACAUUUCUUUGAAAAGUUUAUUGCUACACCUCUAGCUAAAACAUUAGGCAUUAAAGAGGAAGUUCGAAAGGCUAUACCAAAUACUGUCUUAGAGAAUUUUUUCCAACAUUCCACGAGGCAGCCAUCUCAGUCUGAUAUUUAUGGACUGGCAAAGAAGUGUAACUUGACAGAGCGCCAGGUUGAAAGAUGGUUUAGGAGUCGGCGGAAUCAAGAAAGGCCUUGCAGGAUGAAGAAAUUCCAGGAAGCUUGCUGGCGAUUUACAUUUUACUUAAUGAUUACUGUUGCUGGAAUUGCAUUUCUUUAUGAUAAACCUUGGGUGUAUGACUUAUGGGAAGUGUGGAACAACUACCCCAGGCAUCCCUUGCUGCCAUCCCAAUACUGGUACUACAUUUUGGAGAUGAGUUUUUAUUGGUCUCUCUUGUUUAGCCUUGGCUCUGAUGUUAAAAGGAAGGAUUUUCUAGCUAAUGUCAUCCACCACCUGGCUGCUAUUAGUUUGAUGAGCUUCUCUUGGUGUGCUAAUUACAUUCGCAGUGGGACCCUCGUGAUGAUUGUGCAUGAUGUGGCUGACAUUUGGCUGGAGUCAGCCAAGAUGUUUUCUUACGCCCAGUGGAAGCAAACCUGUAACAUCCUGUUUUUCAUCUUCUCUGCCGUAUUUUUCAUCAGCCGCCUCAUUGUGUUUCCCUUCUGGAUUUUAUACUGCACCCUGAUCCUGCCUCUGUACUACGUCGGACCUUUCUUUUCGUACACCUUCCUCAACCUCCAGCUCAUCCUCCUGCAAGUGCUCCACCUUUACUGGGGUUACUUCAUCCUGAAGAUGCUCAAAAGAUGUAUAUUCAUGAAGGACAUCCAGGAUGUGAGGAGUGAUGGUGAGGAUGAAGAGGAAGAGGAAGAGGAAGAAGGAAAGGAAGAGGCAGAGGAGGAAGGGGAGGCAGAGGCCGCCGAAGGCAAAGGCAGAGACUCUUUGAAGAACGGCCUUGGUGCCCACAGAAACCUCAUUCCCAAUGGGCAGCAGGGCCAUUAGUUUGAAGCCCACGUAGCUCCUGGGGCGCAGUGUGCUCCAAGGGCUGCUGGAAGCCGGAAAUGCUCCCCCCCAUCACUGUGGCCUAUGGGAGCCACAGGGCCCCCAGAUCCUGCCAUUUUUCCCUCUUUCUAACCACCCCCCAUCCCCUCCCUAAGAUGUAUUUAACAAAAUGUUGUUGUGUUAAAAUAUUCAAUGUAAGCAUCCCCGUGAAUUUCACUACAGUUAGAACUCAAACUGGUCAAAGAUUUCAAAGAUUUCUCCAGAGAACUGUUUUGGUUCAACUGUGUUCAUUCGUGCGCUUGGACAUUUGGCUUUUCCAGGAGCUCACAUAUAGGCCUUUCACCUUCCCACUUUGCCUAUUUUCUGGAUGGUUUGAGAAGUGAUACAUUAUUCUUUCCAGGUGUAUUUGACCACAGGCAGCAACUCAUUUCCCCAACAUGAGUUAGAGGUGGCAAUGGAACAGGGGCAGGAGGGCCAAAGCAGGAGACCAGGCUUCUAGGGCUCAUGGGCUACUUCCUGCCAUGGUGCUUCAUCUCUCCAAUGGGGAUAUAACACCUGACCAGCCUACCUCAAAGGAUUGGAGUAAGGUUCAAAUGAGGUAAUAAUAGAAGUGAAAAUGUGUACUGUCAACUAUGGUGCUGUUGUUAUCUGACCCUCUCUUCACUGUGGUUCCAGCUCUGUUUGAGAGACAGAAACCUGGUUAAACCCAGCACUGAAUGGGCCUGAGCAAAAGGCACAGUCUUAAAAAAUUCCUUUGAAAUGUGUCUGGAGAUAGCUGGAAAUGAAAUUCCCAGGAGACUCUUUCCAUUUUAUUUGAUAACUAUUUAUUUGUGAGCUCCCCAAGGGUGAUGCUCAAAUUUCCCCUGAUUCUCCUCCCUCAGGCCCCAUGGCCAGGGGGUGGGAGGUUCAUCCCAUUCCUUCUUCCUUUCACUGGUCCCUCACUGGUAUCCCCUCAAAGAGGGAAGCUUCCCUGCUGCUGCAAGCCUCUCCUCUGGACCAACAGAGCUACCCAGGCAGCUGCAGGGGCCACCUGGGGCCUCUCUGGGGGAGCCCCAUGCCGGGCAGGAUGAUCACUGAGCUCUCUUUAUCCAGGAAGCCUGCACCUCUGGGACAUGACGUGGGUAAGUGCCAGACCAAAAAGAAGUCUUGGCAACAGAAAGAGGAUGGGAUGCUGGUUCAUCUCUGCUCUCCACUCACACUGCCUAACAGUAAAACAGCACAGAAAAAGGCUGGAAACACCCCUAAGAAAUGCUCAAGGGCAGGUGCUAGGGUCCAUGAUAGCUCCUUGGGCCACCUACCUCUCUGGGAGCACAGAUAGGGGCUGGUGGGCCAGCAGCCAGCUCCUGGGGGGCACAUGUCCCCAGCCCAGGGUACAGAACAGACCUCAGAAGCUUUUCAGGUUUCUGCCCAGUGAGGAGAGGCAGACGCUUGCAGAGAAAGAGCCAGAGCAGAGCAUGCACUCUCUUUCUUGCCCAUUAUCUCAUAUAUUUGGGUCAUAUUUUCCACUUUCGUCCUGUUUUGCUCAGGACCCAUACUAUAAAGCCACGUGGGUGCCAGGACUGUGGGCACACAGGCUCCACUGAUGAGGGCUGUGGCCCUCAGGGCAGGAAGGGCACCGCACAGAGUAAAGGUGCUUGCAUUGUCUGAUUUUUAAUAAAAAGGUGUUUCUAAAACCUUCAGGAACCAAAACCAAACCCAAAAACCCUUCAGAAUUCUUUUCCCCAAAAAAACCCAUUUCAAGAAAUCGUUAAAACAACAGAAAAAUGUGUCAAAUUUUCUCUGCUUAUUGCUUUUAUGAGUUGGAUGACAUAGGUGUUAUAUGAUAAGUCUGAAACGCCUCCACUCAAGACAUAGCUGUUGAAAAUGAUUAAUAUUAGUAUUGUUUUUGGUGGAGGAAUAUCACCAAGAUAUUAUUUUUUGUGUGUCCAGUUUACAGACUACAUGUUCCUUGAUUUAUUUUGGUCUUAUCUCUGUACCAAAUAUCUUCUUGCUUAAGGUACAAAUUGUUUAUUUGCUGCUCUAUUCUCCUCUUUUUUUCGUAUUCGAAUGUUGAUAAAAUUGAUAAGCCAACUUCAACUAUCUCUGAUAUGGUUGGAAGCAUUAAACCAUCUCUUCAGAGGUAGGAACGCAUUUUUGUAUCAUUUCUUAGGACUUUUGAGGUGAAUUUUAAAAGUAACCUCUCUUUCUACAGGGAACAAGGGCUCAUACUAUGCCAGAUGACUUUAAAAAAAUGCAGCCCAUCAUGCCAUCAAUAUUAUUGUAAUGCUAAUGACUUACAAUAAAAGAAAAACAGCAAACAAGGACAGAA